CACAAGAUGGCGGACACCGAAGAUUUGCAAACGAGUCAGAAGUCCUCUCAGUUUAGUCAGUCAGAUCUCCCUGAAUUACUCAAUCAGUACUAUAAACGAUUAUUUCCUUACAAGUAUUUCUUUCAGUGGUUAUCAUAUGGAGGAGUACCCAAGAAUUAUUUUGUCCACCGAGAGUUCUCUUUCACACUCAAAGAUGAUGUCUACUUGAGGUAUCAAUCAUUUGUCGAUCAGCAAGAGCUGGAAAAGGAAAUUAUCAAACGAAAUCCAUACAAGAUUGACAUUGGAGCCGUCUUCUCGCAUAAGCCAAAGGACCACAAAAUGAUCAAACCUGGAGCUUUUCAGGCUGAAGAGAAGGAGUUAGUAUUUGAUAUUGAUAUGACGGAUUAUGACGAAGUUAGGACAUGUUGCAAAGGUGCAGACAUUUGCGAGAAAUGUUGGUGGUUUAUGGUUGUUGCAAUGAAGAUUGUCGACAGAGCUCUUAAAGAUGACUUUGGCUUCCAACACAGACUGUGGGUGUACAGUGGUCGUCGUGGUGUUCACUGCUGGGUGUGUGAUGAAUCUGCCCGGAAACUUUCACAGAAUGCUCGUUCUGCUGUUGCAGAGUAUCUCAGUGUCAUCAAGGGUGGUGAAAGUCAAAUCAAGAAAGUUAAUCUACAUCUACCUUACCAUCCAUACAUCAGCAAAUCUUUAGAAAUUCUUAAAGCCCACUUUGUUGACCUUGUAAUUGAAAACCAAGACAUGUUGUCCUGCAAAGAACAAUGGGAAGGAAUGCUUGCUCUUGUACCUGAAUCUGUACAAAAUGAACUGAAUGCGUCAUGGUCAACAACAACAAAGACUUCAAGGGAAAGAUGGGAUGAACUUGAAAUGAAACUUGAGAAUUGUACUGAGAGAAAAGAAACAAAGGAUGAGAUAAUGUUCCAGUACUGUUUUCCUCGCCUUGAUGUCAAUGUCACCAAAGGACUUAAUCAUUUACUUAAGAGUCCAUUCUGUGUUCAUCCUAAGACAGGUCGUGUCUGUGUACCAAUCAGCAUGCAAGAGGUGGACACCUUUGAUCCUUUUACAGUACCAACAAUAAGUCAACUUUGUGAAGAAAUUGAUAAACAUGAUAAAAAUACACCAGACAUGAUUGAAGAUGAAAAGAAAAAGAUCCCAGCUUUCAAGAAAACUUCCCUGGUGAAGCCUAUUGGUAUAUUUGUGGAAUUUUUGAAGAGCCUUGAAGGUGAAAAUGACAACAGAUGGAAAAGUUUCAGAGAUGAAGAGGAAAGGAAAGGACAAUGGUAAGAAGGAAGCACAAGAAGAAAGAACAUUUCUACUCAAACUUGGGCCACCACUCAAUCAAAAUAAAAUUCCAGUAGUUCAUGAAUCAUUGCAGUAGUGACCAGUGGAACUUCUUCCUUGUAAAUAUUUAAAGUUCUGAUGGUAACAUGAUAUGUCCACAUUGUUUCUGUCAAAUGUAAUAAAAAGUCCAAAUUUAAGUUCAUUUAAAAUAUCAGGGUACUCUAUUUAAAUUUUAGAGCUUAUAUUUUUAAACCAGUUACCAUUAUCACUCUGAAUCCUCCAGGUUAGAGGUAGUACUCUCCAAGAAAAUUCACAAACUAUACUGUCAAACCAAAGAUAACAGCCACAAAUUUACAAUAUGGCCUGUUGGGUGAUAAAUCUCUUAUUAGAAGUUAGCUUUCCCUGUCAAUUGACCAUUGCCCAUUCAUAUACUCUUGGGUAAAAGGGAGAUAAAGUGUCUAACCUGUCCAGUAACCAUCAUACCAUUGGAACUCAGGAAUACGUUUCAUUUGACUUGAACUUCAACUUACUGUCAGCUUCUGGGACAUAUGGGGUUUCACUAACAGGGGUGUCUUUAAUUAGAAGUUUGAUUGGACAAAAUUUAUGUGACUGAUAACAUUUUUCACAAAGUUUUUAAUUAGGAUGUUAAUGCUCUUCCGAAUGAAGGGGGCAAACUUCACAAGAAAUUGGUGCUAUGUUGGUGGGGAAUAUUACAAGAUAAUUUGUUGCAUGGCAGUAUGUACAGGUCUGUGGCCUUUCCCUACAUCAAGGCACUUAUGAAAGCCACAAGACUCUACAACAAAAGUUUAUCUUUGAAAUUGGCAUUCUUAUUCCCACAAUUUCAAUGGAUGCAUUUUCCCACCAUUAACAUGGCUUCAUCUUGCUGUAUAUAAACCACACACAACACCAUAAUUGGCCAUUUUACAGUUGCAUGUGUACAUAGUUGCCAAGCCUCUGAUUUGGAGUGAGACUGAAGGUGACCUCGUGAUAGAGCCCAGAAUCUAAUCUAGUACACUAACAAAGUAAUUUAACAUUUGAAAGGCAGCAGUAUUUGUAUCAUGACAAGGUCACCCUUUGUCUCACUCCUGUUCAAAGGAUAUCGAUGGACAACCAAGCAUACAACUGUAAAAUUGACUAUUGCUCUAUUUUCUCUGACAUGGGGCAAAUGCUCAAGACACCAGCUUUAUAAAUUCUUUGGUGGUCAAUUCACAUCAAUACAGUUGAUACAACCCUCUUUAUUGCUGUUUUGGUUUAAGAGCAAAGAAUUCGUUUUUAGUCAUUUGCAAAUUUAUUAAUCACAAUAGUACAGUCCUCUCUAAUUGACAGGACUUGGAAUUUCAUAAAUGAAAGACAUAUUUCUCUUUUCCAUAAUUAGUUCAUCUACUAAGUCACAGCCUAUCUGUUGUAAAUGAUGAUGAUUAUUGUUUCACUAAUUGUAGUUGAUAAAUGCAGUUCCCAACUGUUUUUCAUUUAUUUAAUUCAAUGCCAGCACAAUAAUUACUGGUUUACACUCAUGAUAUAGUAACCAUUAUUUGUGAUUUAGCUUUUUAUUUAUAGCCCACAUUUGGCAUGGGUGGUCCCUACACAUGUGUUAAAACAAUAUUUUUUUGUUGAAAGAAAAACCUUCACAAACUUUACAAUUUCUAUUAAAGUAAAUGUAAAGAA